GUGAGCAGGGCGGCUCCGGGCCCCCGAUGCCAGCCCUUUUCCUCCGACGUCGCCAGGCCCUAGGCACCGGCCUCCCAGCACCCGCCGCCCCGUUUCCGUCCGCAUCAUCAUUCUCCCCACCUGGAGGUCCAGCCCCAUAUUCCACGUCUUUGUCUGUGUAGACCCAUCUUCACCAUCCCUGUAAUUCUUCCCUACCCAGAUGUGUUCCUUUCCCGUCGUCAUCAGACCGACCGAGGCCCCCUUAUCCGUUCGCAGCAAAUCGGUUCCAUUCACCCCUGCUCUCGCCCCAAGGAGGAUUUUUCUCCUCUCCUCCCACCCCUUUUCACAUUCACCGCUACGUCUGCUUUAGGCCUAGUCCCCCCGCGAAAAAAAAAAAUUUUUUUUUCGCCUUCGUCAGGACACUUGAGCUUUAUCUGUGGCUACCUUUAUAAGAGUCCUGGCCUCCCGGGGUUUAAAAUUUCUUCUGCUUCUUCGUUUUUAUGUUAAUCCUGACUCCGAUUCCCAGUUUGUAGCGGGAGGGGGCACCUUGUACCUUUGGGAAAGGUGUUUGUUUUCUCUGGGGGGAGGGAGGGAGCAGUUUUGCAAAGCAAUUAAAGAUAAACAUCCGCUCAUAAAAGACGGCCCUAGUCUCUGUUUAUUCCCCAUUCUUUUGUGAGGAGGAAUAUGGGAAAUGUGUAUGACUCUUGCUGUUUCGCAAAGCACAUUCACCUGCAUUAGUCUCAUUUAAUCCUCACCGUGAUCCCCUGACGUCAUGUAGGCUUUAUUAUUGCCAAUCACUGCUUGGAUGGAACCGAGGCUUAAUGCGAAGAAGAUUCGCAGAGCUGUUGAGUCAUACAAUGGAGACAGGCACCCAGAUUUUUCUCUCUUUUUUUGCGCGAUGUUUUGGAACCGGAGUCACGGGGCUUGUAAUCAAUCCCCAACUUACAGAGAAUUGCUUCUAGAAUCUUCACAUUUAUACUUGGAAUUUCAGUGCUGGAAGUACUCAACCGGUCAUGAAGUACUCUUCAGAUAAUGAAGCCUCACAGAGAUGGCCUGCCUGAGGUAUACGGGCCAUAGCUUGCCUGCUGCAAGGCGAAACCCUUCCCCAGCCGAGACACACAGAGCACACCUGUCUUUAGCGACAGAUGCGAAAUGCCAGUCUAAACUGAGCUCCUUUUUCUUUUCUUUACUUCACAGCUUCUCUGAGUGUGGGGGUCAUGGGCAAUCCACUAUGGAAGGAGAGGUCAGGAUUACAGCCGAGGAGACGGGCACAAAGAGUGUUAAGUGACACCCACUCAAUCCACCUGAAGCUGUUACAAUUAAUUAACCCUCACACUGCCCGGUGAGAUAGUUUACAGGCUGGUGACCUACAUCUUUGUCUACGAGAACCCCGUCUCCCUGCUCUGCGGCGCUAUCAUCAUCUGGCGCUUUGCUGGCAAUUUUGAGAGAACCGUGGGCACGGUCCGCCACUGCUUCUUCACCGUGAUCUUCGCCCUCUGCUCUGCCAUCAUCUUCCUGUCCUUUGAAGCUGUGUCGAAGCUGUCGAAGCUGGGGGAGGUGGAGGACGCCAGAGGCUUCACCCCGGUGGCUUUUGCCAUGCUGGGCGUCAACUCCGUCCGCGCUCGGAUGAGGCGGGCCCUGGUGUUUGGCAUGGUGGUGCCCUCGAUGCUGGUGCCGUGGCUCCUGCUCUGUGCCUCCUGGCUCAUUCCCCAGACCUCUUUCCUCAGCAACGUCUGUGGACUUGGAAUUGGGCUGGCGUACGGCCUCACGUACUGCUACUCCCUUGACCUGCCGGAGCACGUGGCCCUGAAGCUCGACCAGAAGUUCCCCUUCAGCCUGAUGAGGAGGAUUUCGCUGUUCAAGUACAUCUCAGGCUCUUCGGCCGAGAGAAGGGCGGCCCACAGCCGGAGGCUGAACCCUGUGCCCGGCUCCUACCCCACACAGAGCGGCCACCCUCACCUGCCCCCGAACCACCCUGUCGCCCAGAUGCAGCAUGCCAGUGGCCAGAAACUCGCAUCCUGGCCAGCCUGCGCUCCUGGGCACAUGCCCAGCCUGCCUCCAUACCAGCCUGCCUCCGGCCUGUGCUACGUGCAAAACCAUUUUGGCACAACCCCUAACUCCUCCGGUGUCUACCCGGCUUCCGCGGGUGCCUCCCUGGGGGUGCAGCCCCCUGCCCCCCUCAACUGCCCCGGCACGGUGUAUUCCGGGGCCCUGGCCACUCCAGCGGCCGCCGGCUCCAAGGAGUGCUCUAGGGUCCUGAUCCCCUGAGACAGAGUUUCUAGGGAAGUGGUCUCCCGUCUCAGCCUUCUGAGGAAGGUCCCCUCUGAGCUCCGAUUUUCUCGACAGAAAGUUCUUUACCAAACACCUCGAUGUGCAGGCUCUGCGUUGAGUCUUUUGAUCCGUGUCCCUAUUUCAGUCUCAUUUGUCCUCAUGACAGCUCUGUGAAGUACAGCUUGUCGUCCCCAGUUCACAGAUGCAGACAGCGACGCGCCCUGUGACGACACGAGGUCGCAUGGCUCAGUGGUGGCGCUGCCCCCGCAGCUCCCGCACAGGAGGGCCUUGGCCGUGGGCGGCAGGUGCGGCCGACUGUUUCCCUCCCGUCCUUGUAAUAGUGCGCUUGGGUGUUCGUGUCCGCGUGUCCGUGUGCCCCGCGGGAGUCCCCGGGCCUGUGCCGUGUUCCUCCCCAGCAGCGACCCCCACCCCCACCCCGACCCAGACUUCUGCCCCGGGAAGUGGCGAGACGGGCCUGCGCCCAGCAGUGUGCUGGCCGGUCCACGGUGUUGAUAACCUUUGUAUAAAGACGCAGCCUCCAGCCUGC